CACGGCCGCCCCGUCCGCACCGCGCAUGAGCCGCCUCAGCGGCCUAAGGCCCCGCUCCGUAGGGUUGUCCCGGCGCUGCCUGAGCGCGAUGGAGGAGGACGGGGAGAUGCUGCUGCUCAACAUCGGCUCGGCUCCCAGCAGGCAGCCCAGUGCUCUGAAAAGAAAGCUCCAGUCGUCACCACAUGGAAACCCACCUCUGAAACGUAAACCUAAGCCAUCAGUCAACAACUUCAAGAAGCGUGUUGCAGAGACUGGCACCAGGGAAAAGGGAAGCUCAUCAAAAAGAUCUCUUCCUAAGAAGCAACUGACUGCCAACCAAAAUGAAAGCCAGAAAAGCAAACUUUUCAUUAAGACAUCCAGCCUGUUUAGAAACAACCCCGAUAUCCCAGAAAUCCACAGAAAAGCAGUGCAGCAGGUGCAAGAAAAUGUUUUCACCACAGACUCUUUUGGCCAGUUGGACCUUCAUCCACACCUGAUAGCCACAAUAACUACUGUUCUGAAGAUAUGUAAUAUGACCAGUGUUCAGAAGCAAACAAUUCCUGUGCUCCUGCAAGGCAAAGAUGCUUUGGUGAGAUCUCAGACUGGUUCAGGUAAAACUCUUGCCUACGGAAUUCCACUUGUACAGUCUUUGCAAGGAAUGGAAUCCAAGAUACAGCGAAGUGAUGGGCCUUAUGCGCUGGUGUUAGUCCCAACAAGGGAGCUUGCACUCCAGACUUUUGAUACGAUACAGAAGCUACUCAAGCCAUUUACCUGGAUUGUGCCUGGAGUGCUUAUGGGGGGAGAAAAGAGAAAAUCAGAAAAAGCCAGAUUACGGAAGGGGAUAAAUAUCCUUAUUUCAACUCCUGGUCGCCUGGUUGAUCACAUCAAGUCCACUAAAUGUAUUCAUUUCCGUCGCAUUCAGUGGCUGAUCAUUGAUGAAGCAGACAGGAUCCUGGACCUGGGCUUUGAGAAGGAUGUAACUGUGAUACUUAAUGCUUUAAAUGCUGAGGGGGAGACGCGUCAGAACGUCCUGCUCUCAGCCACACUCACUGAAGGAGUAACACGGUUGGCUGAUAUCAGUUUGAAUGAUCCCAUCAGAAUUUCCAUAGCAGAUGAAAUCCGAAAGAGUCUCAAACCAGUGUUACAAACAGAAAAAGAAGCUAAUAGUUCCUCAAACUCUAUGGACCAGGAAAACUUUGCUGUUCCAGAGAAGCUUAAGCAGUAUUUCGUGAUGGUUCCCAGCAAAUUGAGGCUUGUCACAUUAGCAGCUUUUAUCCUAGAGAAAUGCAAGUAUGAAAAGCAACAUAAGAUGAUCAUCUUUUUCUCCAGUUGUGAACAAGUGGAAUUCCACUACGAGCUCCUUGUUAAUGUCCUUUCAGGAGAGCUGGACUCUGAACAACCGAAACGUUCAUCUGUCUCCUCUGUGCAAUUACAGUUUCUACGACUGCAUGGCAACAUGGGACAGGAAGAAAGAACAGAGGUCUUCCAGGAGUUCCUAAAAUCCAAUACCGGCAUCUUACUUUGCACUGACGUCGCGGCUCGUGGACUGGACCUGCCUCAAGUCACGUGGAUUGUGCAGUAUAACGCUCCAGCUUCACCUGCGGAAUACAUCCACCGGAUCGGGAGGACGGCUCGGAUUGGCUGUCACGGGAACAGCCUGCUUGUCCUGGUGCCUUCGGAGGCAGAAUAUGUCAGCUUGCUGGCUUCUCACAAGAUUAAUGUCUCAGAGAUAAAGAUGGAGAAGGUAUUAUCCAGUCUGAUGAAAGAUGAUCGCUUCAGGCUGCACAGACCAGGAAGCAAGAAAUCCAAUGGUGUGGACCCUCAGGAAGUCCGGGAGCGGGCCACGGUCCUACAGACAAGAUUUGAGAAUUAUGUUCACUCCAGUGAGGGGACCAUCCGGGGGGCAAAAAAAGCACUGCAGUCUUUUGUUUGUGCCUACGCUGCCUAUCCCAGAAGCCUCAAGCACAUCUUCCACAUCAAAUCUAUCCACCUGGGUCACGUGGCCAAGAGCUUUGGCCUGAGAGAUGCUCCCCAGAACCUGACUACUCUUCCGACUGCUAACUUGAAGAAGAAAACCAAACCAGGAGCAAAAAGGUCUGACCUUCUCAAGAAGACCCAUGGCAAACAUCGCCUGGCUGAGAUCUUGCGAUCUGAAUAUUCCAGUGGGUUGGACUCUGGUGUAUCCAAGGUCAAGAAGAAGAAGAAAAAACAGAGAAAAACAGGCAACCAGCAGAUCCCAGUAUGAGCCGGGACCUCCCAGUCAUUUGCUGCACGACCUGCUGGAAUACAUCAGCCAGAGGUCAGGGUGACCUGCCAGACUGACUGACCAGUGGUUCAGUUUGUCAGGCAAAUAUGGGGAGGGGUCUUGAAGUUGCUGACCUCCUCCCUCUUAUCCCAUAGUUCCAAAUGGAAUUGAAUCUGGAUGCGUCCUGUUUCACAGCUGCAAUUAUAUGUGGCUUCCUGAGGAUGCAGCUUGUUUCUAAGGUGAUAUUUUUGUGAGAAAAAUAAAAGAGUUUAAUUAUGGUU